GCCAACUCGAUAUUGCAUUGCAUCUUUGACUUAUAGUCAAAGUAUUGCAUCGUAUCUUCGUAUCUCUUUCAUUUAAUCCGUUAGCCAUUUCUACAUUUCUAGAAAAUUUUGAAAAUUACAAUAUGUAGAGUUAGUGGGGAUUAAUUUAUCGACGUAUCAUGCGACUAUUCGUUCAACUCCGGCAUGUCAUAAAAGCUGAUAAAUAAUGGUAUUCGCGAAUGCUGUUCGUUUCAUCAGUCAAAGCGAGAGAAUCCUUCGUACAAAGAGAAUCGGUUGGACAAUCUGUGAUUAUUCAAAAGUUCUGAUAUCGAAUGAUUCGAAUGUCAAAAUGAGUAAAUCGAAAAUUCUAAUUACACGACCAGAUAUACCUGCUGCAGGCUUAAAUUUGCUGCGUAAACGAUAUCAUCUUAUAAUAUGGGACAAACCUGAGCCAAUACCACGUGAUGAAUUAUUGGCCAAAAUCCGAGGAGUAGACGCUGUAUUCUGUGUGCUAACGGAUAGAAUAGAUAAUGAAGUUCUAGAACAUGCAGGUUCACGGUUGAAAGUUGUGGCAUCUAUGUCAGUGGGCUUGGAUCAUCUAGACAUAAGUAGUUUGCAAAGAAGAAAUAUUAAAAUUGGUUAUACUCCAAAUGUCCUGACUGAGAGCACUGCAGAGUUGAUAAUAGCUCUUUUACUAGCCACAUCGAGAAAUGUGGUACAUGCAAAUUUAGCAGUUUACAAAGGUGAAUGGACAACUUGGUCACCUUCAUGGAUGUGUGGUACAGGACUAGCAGGAAAAAUCGUAGGAAUCGUCGGCUUGGGUAGAAUUGGCUGCAGAGUCGCUGAGAUACUUAAAAGUUUUAAUGUUGCCAAAAUAUUGUAUUUUAACAGAACUGUCAAAGAAGCAGCAUAUAAAUUUGAUGGUGAAAAAGUUGAUUUUCCCAUGUUACUCCAGAACAGUGACUUCGUUAUAGUAACCGUGGCAUUGACAUCACAAACUAAAUACAUGUUUAAUGCAUGGGCUUUUAAUCAAAUGAAGAAAACAGCUAUAUUCGUGAAUGGUAGUCGUGGCGAUGUAGUAGAUCAACAAGCACUGAUCGAUGCUCUAAAGAAUAAAACAAUCGCAGCAGCUGGCAUAGACGUUACAACACCAGAACCGCUACCAUUGGAUAAUGAACUUUUAGGGUUAGAUAAUUGUGUGAUUCUACCUCAUAUCGGAAGCGCAACCAUAGAAACUAGAAGUGAAAUGGCUUGUAUCACAGCAAAAAAUAUAAUAGCUGUUCUGGAAGAAACUCCCCAAGGAAUGCCUGCAGAAUAUACAAAUCGAGAUCGAAAGGGUACACAAUCAUUUUCGCCAUAAAUCCAGCAGCGCUACCAGAUAAAAUAGAAUUAUAGAAACUGAUAUUGGUAUUGGAGGU